AUGGAUAUUCAAGCGGCGCUUCGAGAGAAAAUAUUCAAUUUGGUCGACAGUGUCAACCCUAGGAGCACCUACAAGAUGCUGGUUAUUGAUCGCAGGGUGGAGCACUUGUUUGAGUACUGCGUGGAGAAACACCAGCUACUUGACAGACGUAUUGCCAAUGUUCUGGUGCUCGACUCGCAUCGUACUUCCGAAACGUCCCUUUCUGCUAUGUAUAUUUGUGAGCCCUCAGGGUACAACAUCAAUUGUAUCGCCGCGGACUUUAUUCGCCAGCCAAACCGGUAUCGGGAUGCCUAUGUGUACUUCCUGCCCGGUGGUCCGGAUAGUGCGAUCACAAACCUGCGAAACCGGCUCGGUGGUAGGCUCUCAGGCUUUGGCAUUGCCCCCAUUGGGUUUUUAGCCUUAGAGCGCCAUGUGUUUUCUCUGGGUGAUCCGUUUGCGAAUGAUCGUCUGUACAACCGGAAUGUUCAAAACCAGCACGCCUAUCUACAUCGCACGGCUACCCAAAUCGUUAACGUCUGUCAAGCCAUAGGCGAGGUGCCGUACAUCCGCUAUGUCAACUCUUCCAGCGACUACGCAGCACAUGAUUUACCGGCUGAGCUGGCACAGAGUGUAUCGCAUCAGCUUGAGGAGAUUCGCGAUCAAAUUGUGGACCCGGAGGCGGAUCGACGCGGUCGUGCUGUGCUUUUGGUUUUGGAUCGUAGCGUCGAUGCUGUGGCUCCUCUUGUACACGAAUUUACAUACCAGGCCAUGGCCUACGAUUUGCUUGACAUUGAGGCCAAUGAUACGUACAAGUCCGCUGAUGGUGAGGUCAAUGGCAAACUUACCGAGGAAGAUGUAGACUGGGUCGAUCUUCGUCAUUUGCACAUUUCCCAGGUCACAGAAGAACUGACCAAGCGUGUUCAGGAAUUGAAGGACGCAAACCCCCAUUUUGCUGAUACCACCCAGGAUGUUACUGUGCACGAUAUUCGAAACAUGAUGGCGGCGCUGCCCAGCUUUGUCAAAACUAAGUCUCAGAUGGCCGUCAAUUUGCAAAUUGCUCUCGACUGCGUCGAAAAAGUGGAUGCAAACAUGCUCAAAGAGCUCGCAGAAGUCGAGCAAUCCUCUGUUUUGGGUGAAGAGCGUGAUCGUGAAGUCAAAACUAGGGUGAGUGAUCGCUUCGUAUCGUUGCUGGCCAACGACAAAGUAAGUCACCUGGACAAAGUGCGGCUAGUCUUGAUCUAUUUGCUUGGUCGCCAGACAGGACUAUAUUCCAAAGAUCUCGAAAGAAUUAGGCUUCAUUCAAAGCUUGGUGAAUGGGAUAUCGAGACAGCAUCUAACAUUUGCAACUUUGGAUACAAGGCUAUCAAGGAAGAUGAAGACAGACCUUCACGCCUUGGUACGUCUUCUAUCACCAAUAAUGCGUUCACACAAACGAUUAGUUCGACCACAAAGCAUUUGAUUCCAUCUAGAAACAAAGGCACCAUGCCUACGUUCUACGGAGAAAAUGAUAGUGGUCAAUUUUUGUUUGCCCGGUUCACACCAGGAGUCAAAAACUUGAUUGAAUCUAUGAUUCGUAACAAAUUGGACCCAAAUAUGUUCCCUUAUGUUAACGGGGAUGACGUUCCAGACUAUGAAAAUAACGUUCUGGAAACUGCUACAUCCCUUCGCAAUCCCCGUCAAAGAGCCACUUGGGAACGGUCAAAAUCAGUCGGGCAAGCGAGCCGACAAAGAAUCAUCAUAUUUAUGCUAGGCGGGUUUACAGCUUCUGAGUCGCGAACUGUAUAUGAGCUGAGCACUAAAUACUCAAAGGAUAUCAUUAUUGGUGGUAGCGAUCGUCUUACGCCCAAGAAGUUUGUGAUUGCACUAGGUCGACAGAAUCUAGAACUCCAAGAUCUACGGCUUCCUGUCAUGUUCCCUGACGGCGCGGCGCCUCGUCAUUUACUAGAAAGUGACCGGGAAACCAACCAACAUAACCAAGCCGCCCAGCAAGCUGCGGCAACACCCCAACAGGCGCCUGUUUCCACCAACGGCGAUUCUCAACCAGUCACCAACCUGCAAGCUGGAGCGCAAGAGCUGACGACGACGCCGUCAAAGCGACGAGGCUUUUUCAGUCUCAAAAAGAAAAAAUUAGAUUGA